AUGAGUGGUGGUUCAUCUACAUAUAUCGUUAUUGGAAUAGCUUCCUUAGUUUUACUAGGAUAUUGGUAUCAAAAAGUUGGAUUAAAACCUCCAAAACCAAGAAUUGUUGGAGUUGAUCUUGGAACAACAUAUUCAUCAAUUGGUGUUUAUCAUGCUGUUUCUGGUAAUACUACAAUUUUAUCUGAUAAAUUUGGGUCUAAAGUUAUACCAUCAGUUAUCUCUUUUUUUGAUAAUGGUACAGUUAUUGUGGGAAAAGAUGCUGUAAAAUUAGCUGAUAUAUAUCCAAAACGGACAAUAUAUGAUGCAAAAAGAUUUAUGGGUAAAAUUUUUGAUAAAAAUGAUCCUGAAUUUAAAAAAGAUUUAAAACGUUAUCCAUUUGAUAUACAACUUGAUGAUGAGGGAAAAGCUUAUUUUAAAGUUGUUUUAAAAGAUAAUGUUAAAAUUCUUUAUCCAGAAGAUGUUGGAUCAUAUAUUAUAAAAUAUUUAAAGGAUUUUGCAGAAAAUAAUUUAAGUAUUAAUAUUCAUAUGUGUGUCAUUUCUGUUCCAGCUGAAUUUGAUGAGUAUCAAAGAAAUGCAACUAUAAAAGCAGCAAAUCUUUCAAGUUUAGAAGUAAGAAGAAUUGUCACUGAACCAACAGCAGCAUCAUUAGCUUAUGGUUUAAAUAAAAAAAAAGGUGUUGAGUAUAUUGUUGUAUUUGAUCUUGGAGGUGGAACAUUAGAUGUUUCAAUAAUAUGGAUGCAAGGUAGUGUUUUUGUAACAAUGGCAAUGGCAGGAAAUAAUAGACUUGGUGGACAAGAUUUUAAUGAUAAUAUUCAAAAAUUUAUUAUGGAAGAAAUUAAGAAACAAAAUAAUGGAGUUGGUCUAACUGAUAAAGAAGAUAUUCAACAUUUACGUUUAGCUAUUGAACAAGCAAAAAUUUCAUUAACUGAUAAUUUACACACUGAAUUAAAUAUUGAAUUUAAAAAAGCAAAACCAUUUAAAUAUCAAUUAACUAGAAAAAAAUUUGAAGAAUUAAAUAAAAUAUUAUUUGAUAGUACAAUAGAACCUAUAAAAGCUGCUUUAGAAGAUGCUGAUUUAAGAGCAGAAGAUAUUGAUGAAAUUGUUUUAGUAGGAGGAUCAACACGUAUUCCAAAAAUAAGACAAAUUGUUCAUAAUUAUUUUAAUAAAAAGCCAAACUUUGGAAUUGAUCCAGAUUUAGCGGUUGUGACGGGUGCUUCUAUUCAAGCUGGAGUAAUUGGAGGUGGAUGGCCUUUACAAGUUACGGCUAUUGAAAUGCCACCUAUUGCUCGUAAAAGACACGUAUAUAUAAAAACAAAUGAAGAAUUAUAA